AUGUUCGUUCAAGGACCACAAAUGGUCCCACAGGGAUCGGAAAAUACAGAAGAAUCUAGUGAGGAAGAAGCUACUGGAGAUGAUAUACUUCAGAAAAGACGUGAAGAAUGCGAGAGGAAAGCACGUCGGGGAGAAAUGGAUCCACGUCUCGAAUUUGCUUUUCAAUUAUUGAUGGACGCUACGGGACUUCCCCGCCACGAAGUAAUGGAUAAUGUUUUCGAAGGCGAUAUGCUUGACGAAAUUAAUCAAUUAUUCCUACCGCACAUGAAGUCAACUCUCAUGUGGUACUAUCAAGAAGUUGACGAACCGGAAGUUCCCAAAAUAACCGAGACGGUUGCACCAAAGACGAGCACCUCCAGACCACAAGGAAAUGCGACAGCGCCAAAAGUUAAGGAAAUAAAGGAACCAAAGGAUCCUCCAAAGAAGAAAUUAUUUCUCACUGAUGGUUGGCAGGUUCCCUGUUCGGGAAUUUGUGUCUAUAUGUUUCGAAUUAGUGUCACGAAACAAUUGCCGGAAGAGGGUUUUCAAAAGGAUCUCUAUACGGGUGUGAUUGACACCAGGAAAGUAGGAGUGAUACCAUCGAUUCAAAGAAUUGUUGAAUUUGUUUUUAUGGAUGCGCUCGCACAUCCUGGAAUUGAGGAUGACGACGACUGUUCCAUGAUUAAAAGUCUUCUACUUCCUGGUCUACGAUCAUUUUGCAGCGCUCUCAAAGUGUGCGAGGAAGUCGCCCAAGAUGGAAGCAUUUUCGAUGACGGCGAAUCACUAAUGGAUGACAUUCACAAUUUCGAGGAAGCCAAGAAUUUCGUUUCAAAUAUUCAAUUAGGGGAAAAAGUCGAAAAUCGAGUGCGUGUUUGGACGAAGAAUUUAAAGGAUUUCAUUCUUGAGAGUAAGCAAAUCCGAAGGGAAAAUGAUUGCUCCGGUCCCCAACAGGAAUUAGAAUACUGGAAACGCAGAGGUGCGCAAUUCAGUCAACUUGUCAAGAAAUUACAGGAUCAUGAGAUAAAAAUGUCACUCCUGUGCCUUCAAGUAAUGAGAUCGAAAUUGAUCAAAAAUUGGGUGGACACAGAAGAUGAGGUCACGUACUGCUUCAAUGAAGCGAAGGACAAUGCGAAAUUCAUCCAAGCUUUAGAAAAAUGCUGUCACUGUCUCUACCUUGACGAUCCGGUGAGAAUGCGAGACUCCUUGGUGUCACUUUUACAAACCGUGAGACUGAUUUACAGUGUCUCGAGAUAUUACAACACUUCGGAGAGAACCAGUUCGCUAAUGGUGAAAAUUACAAAUCAAAUGAUUGCAGCUUGUAGGGAUUACAUUACCCAACGGGGGCGGGAAAAUGUUUGGAGCCAGGACAGAAGUAUCGCGAGGCAGAGAUUGAAGCAUUGCUUACGAUUAAAUAAAGCCUACAGAGAAACGUAUCGUCUCGUGAGAUGCUCGCCAGCAAUUACAGAGAAGGAAUUCAUUUUCUCCGAGACGCAAGUUUUUGGAAGAUUCGAUUCAUUUUGUGCGAGAAUCAAAAAAAUUCUUACCAUGUUCGACCUUAUUGAAGUCUAUCAAGGUUUGUUCAAGAGGCGAAUGGAGGGCCUAUUACUAGGAGAAGCUUUGGAUGAAGCAAUGAAAACGUUCGACGAGACAAAGAAAAUAGCAACCAGCAAGUCCUACGACUAUCUUGAUCCAAGAAAUUUGGAAUUCGACAAAGACUAUGAUGAACUGAUGAAGAAGACGGAUAUUUUGAAAAAAGAUAUCGGCGAAAUAAUUGAGAAAAAUUAUGCCGACGUUUGGGAAACACCACAAAGUAUUCGUUUUCUAACUCGUUUUGAAAGUGUAAGCGCAAAAAUCCCCUUGACAAAAUUAGACGAAAAAUACGUCCUCGUCGUUCGGUAUUGUGACAAGGAAAUCGAACGAAUUUUGAAAUUGUUCAAAAAACAAAGGGACGAUCCACCAUUGCCGAGGCAUUUGCCACCAAUUGCUGGAAGAUUAAUUUGGGCACAUUCUCUAAAGGUCCAUUUAGAUGAUCUCGCAAAUUCAGUGUCUUGUCAUCCCAUCUUAAAAACACUGCCCGUGACAGUUGAUCUUAUAAAAAGAUACAAUCACGCUAUUUCCGUUGUUUCUCAAUACCAAACAGACAUUGGAGAAGUUUGGACUCAUCAAAAUGCCUGGGUGAUUGAAGAAGCAUUAAAAAAACCACUACUGGCACUAGAUCAGGAAACUGAGAAAGUGAAAGUGAAUCUAGACAGUCGAAUUCUACUGCUUCUUAGAGAAUCGGAUUGUCUAGUGAAAAUGAAACUGAAUCUACCAAUAGUUGCCCUGACAAUACUGUCCAAGAAGGAGCACUUUACACUCAUAAAUGAUUCCCUUCAAUUGUUGAUGGACGAAUUUGUCGCAACGUCAAGAAGAGUUAAAUUAGAAGUCAGACCACUUCUGUUGCCCCAUCUUGUCAGGGUGUCAUCCCUCCUGACACCGGGUCUUGUCUCCCUCACUUGGACGAAUACUGGAUGGAAGGAUUUUUAUCAGAACACUCUAGAUCAGAUAAAGACGUUCGGUAUCCUCAUUACCCGAGUUCAUGACGUCUACACCAACAGAAUCUUACAGGUUUUGGCAAGUAUGCAGAAAAUUACUCUUCACACUCUUCCUGAGGACGAGCCAUGGAAUGUGGAAAACUUUUUCGAAAAAAUAGAGGAAACGUGCAGAGCAGCUGCUCAAGAUUUGAAUCGAAAGAGCAUGAUGGUUGAGGAAGCUGUUGAAGAAGUUUUGGAAUUGGUGAAAAAUGCGGCUACGGCUUUCAAAAGUGUAACUGAUUCUGAUCAGUUCGAUUACCUGAAUGCUGAUGGUCAGGAAAAAGGAACCGAAACAUCAUCGCAACAGCAGCAGGAUUGGUCAGUGGUUUGGGCGUGUUUCGACAAUCCACAUCAAUUACUAUCAACACCUGGUGGCGGUUUAUCGAAAGGAAUGCAGGAAAUGGUCCGAAAUGCCGUUUCCGAAAUGCGACGUUACUAUUCUCGAAAAGUCGUCGAUGUACUGAUUAAAGUAACCCGAAGUUCUUUGGACGCAAUUAGAAAACGAUUUCUCCUCGAAAUGGAUUCAGAGAAACCAGCACAACCGGUAUUUUUACUUCACGCCACUUUAAUGAUACCGUCGGUAAUUGUUCGUCCAAGUUUAGACGAGGUACAAGAAGCUCUAUCAGCCGUUGGAAGAACGAUAUCCGGAGUGUCAAAAGGUGUAUCCCAAUGGAACGCUGGAGGAAGUAAAGGAAACGAAAAGCAUCACUGGAAGAGUUUGCCAUGGGCGCCAAAGAAGAAUCUAGGCGACAUUGUGUCAAAGGCGCAGAUCGACGCCGAGAAGAAGAGUUUAGAAAACCCAGAAGAUCCAAAAACAAGACGACGAAGAUUGUUCAAAAUAUUUUCCGAAGAGAGACCCGAAUUUCCAAUUCAGCUGAGGAAUUUCUACACUCUUGUUAUGGAGAAUAAGGAAAUUAUCAAAAUGCUAGGACUACUAAGUUCGUGUACAAUGGAUUUACGACAGGAUCUCAAUGAUUUUAUGGACAGAUGGAAACCGUACAAAUUCUUGUGGAAGAAUGAGAAGAGUGUUAGGGAGCUGUUACAAACUUCUUUGACGAAUUUCGAAAGUAUGCUGAGGAAACACGGCGAAUUGGAGGAUAAAUUAGCCACUGAACCGGAUAUGGUGAUUCUUGGAUCGUCCAUUGCUAUAUCGACGGAGAAACUCAAAUACGGACUUUAUAUGGAUAUUAAAGGAUCGACCCACAAGAUUGGACAAGCGAUGAAGAAGAAGUACCGUCGCGAAAUGGAGUACGUUUACGCAGUGAUCAACGAGAUGGAAAGGAAACUUGAUCGACAAAUACGUGACCUCGAUGACGUUCGCCUGAUAAUGGAGACUCUGAAAAAAAUUCGAGAGCAGGAAGUCGACAUGGAAUUAAAGAUCGAUCCGAUUGAGGAGGCUUUUAAUAUCGUCACCAGAUACGACGUGCCAGUCGAUCGUGAAUGCCUCGAACAAGUGGACAAUCUCCGUUACACUUGGCAACAACUACAAGCUCGUGCUCUAGACAGUCACGUCCUUCUUCUCACUCUUCAGCCACAAUUCGAGGAGGAAUUGCGGAACAAUUUGGAAAAGUUUCGUUACGACAAUGAGACGUAUUGCGAAGAGUACAGACACUCAGGUCCCAUGCAAGCAGGUCUCACGCCCCGUGAGGCAUCAGACAGACAGAUAUUAUUUCAAAAUCGUUUCGAUGGAAUGUGGAGGAAAUUACAAACCUAUCAGAGUGGAGAGGAAUUAUUUGGACUGCCAACAACGGAUUAUCCCGAAUUGUCACAGAUCAGAAAGGAAUUGAAUCUUCUGCAGAAAUUGUACAAAUUGUACAAUGAUGUUAUUGAUAGGGUUAGUAGUUACUACGAUAUUCCUUGGGGUGAGGUCAAUAUUGAAGAGAUAAAUAACGAAUUGAUGGAAUUUCAAAAUCGAUGUCGGAAAUUGCCGAAGGGUUUGAAGGAAUGGCCGGCGUUUUUUGCAUUGAAGAAGACAAUUGAUGAUUUUAAUGAUAUGUGUCCUUUGUUGGAGUUGAUGGCGAAUAAGGCGAUGAAACCGAGGCAUUGGCAGAGAAUUGUUGAGGUCACUAGUUUUACGUUUGAUUUGGAGAGCGAGGGUUUUUGUUUGAAGAAUAUUCUUGAGGCGCCUUUACUGAAGCAUAAGGAGGACAUUGAGGAUAUUUGUAUUUCGGCGAUGAAGGAGAAGGACAUUGAAGCUAAACUCAGACAAGUUGUUAAUGAAUGGUCAUCGCAUGAACUGACCUUCAUGACUUUUAAUAAUAGAGGCGAACUGCUGCUGAGAGGUGAUACGACAGCGGAAACAAUUGGACAACUCGAGGAUAGUCUCAUGAUUCUGGGUUCUCUGAUGUCGAAUCGUUACAAUGCACCGUUCAGGAAACAGAUACAACAAUGGUUAGGGGAUUUGUCGAAUACUAACGAAAUUUUGGAGAGGUGGUUGUUGGUGCAAAAUAUGUGGGUUUAUCUUGAGGCGGUCUUUGUCGGCGGUGACAUUGCUAAACAGUUGCCUAAGGAAGCAAAGAGGUUUAGUAAAAUUGACAAAAGUUGGCAGAAGAUUAUGCAAAGGGCUCAUGAAACACCUGGAGUUGUUCCUUGCUGCGUCGGGGAUGAUUUACUUAAACAACUGCUCCCACAUUUGCAGGAGCAAUUGGAAUUGUGUCAGAAAUCCCUCAGUGGGUACUUGGAAAAGAAGAGAAUGAUGUUCCCAAGAUUCUUUUUCGUCAGUGAUCCCGCCUUGCUGGAAAUUUUAGGCCAAGCUUCCGAUUCCCAUACAAUUCAGAAUCAUUUACUGUCAAUUUUUGAUAACACCCGAUUUGUCAAAUUCCACGAUAUCGAGUACAACAAGAUGAUGGCUAUCAUCUCAUCCGAGGGGGAAACUAUUAUUCUGGAGAGAGCAGUGAGAGCUGAAGGAUCAGUGGAAACAUGGCUGAUGCAACUUCUGCAAACUUCCCAACAAUCUUUGCAUUCGAUAAUUCGUCAAGCCUACGUUAUGAUAAAUGAUCAAAAUUUUAAUUUACUUCUAUUUCUCGACAAGAUGCCAGCUCAAGUUGGCAUUCUAGGAAUACAGAUGAUUUGGACAAGGGACGCGGAACUCGCUCUAAUGCAGGCGAAAGCGGACAAAAAAAUUAUGGGCGAAACGAAUAACCGAUUUUUAGAAUUGCUGAAUACUCUAAUUGAUCAGACCACUAGAGAUCUGACAAAAAUUGAUAGAACGAAAUUCGAAACUUUGAUUACAAUUCAUGUUCAUCAGCGUGACAUCUUCGACAUUCUGUGCCGUUUGAACGUUCGUUCAGUGAACGAUUUCGAGUGGUUGAAGCAAUGUCGAUUUUACUUCAAAGAAGACCUGGACAAGACUGCCAUUCACAUAACAGACGUUCAGUUUACUUACAUGAACGAAUAUCUAGGAUGUACGGAAAGAUUGGUGAUAACUCCACUAACAGACAGAUGUUACAUAACACUGGCUCAAGCUUUAUCGAUGUCAAUGGGAGGCUCUCCUUGCGGACCAGCCGGAACGGGAAAAACCGAAACAGUAAAGGACAUGGGGAAAACUUUAGCCAAAUACGUCGUGGUUUUCAAUUGCUCCGAUCAAAUGGACUACAGAGGUCUCGGUCGUAUUUACAAAGGACUCGCUCAAAGUGGAUCCUGGGGAUGUUUCGACGAAUUCAACAGAAUUGAACUUCCGGUUCUUUCGGUGGCCGCACAACAAGUAGCCGUCGUUUUAGCCGCUAAGAAAGAAAAAAAGAAGCAAUUUAUAUUCACAGAUGGAGAUCAAAUUGACAUGAAUCCCGAAUUAGGAAUAUUCAUCACCAUGAAUCCAGGUUACGCUGGUCGAAAGGAGUUGCCGGAAAAUUUGAAAAUACAAUUUCGAACAGUGGCGAUGAUGGUGCCGGACAGGCAGAUUAUUAUUAGAGUGAAACUUGCGAGUUGCGGUUUUCUGGAGAACAUCACACUUGCGAGGAAAUUUUACACUCUUUAUAAAUUAUGCGAGGAACAACUCACGAAACAAGUUCAUUAUGAUUUUGGAUUGAGAAAUAUUCUCUCGGUUUUGCGAACUCUUGGAGCAGCUAAGAGAACAAAUUCGAAGGAUUCAGAGAGUACGAUAGUGAUGCGUGUACUGCGAGAUAUGAAUCUUUCGAAACUGAUAGAUGAGGAUGAGCCACUUUUUAUAUCAUUGGUAGCUGAUUUAUUUCCCAAUCAAGUUCUCGAGAAGACGGCCUAUCCGGAAUUAGAGUCUGCGAUCGAUCAACAAAUUCAGGAAGCUGGUUUGAUUUAUCAUCCACCUUGGGUUUUGAAGUUGAUCCAAUUGUAUGAGACACAACGAGUAAGACAUGGAAUUAUGACCCUAGGUCCAACCGGAGCUGGUAAAACGACCUGUAUUCAUGUUCUGAUGAAAGCUUUGACCCAAUGCGGAGACGCUCACAGGGAAAUGCGAAUGAAUCCAAAAAGUAUAACAGCUGCUCAGAUGUUCGGACGAUUGGACGUAGCGACGAACGACUGGACAGACGGAAUUUUCUCGGCAUUAUGGCGAAAGACGUUGAAAUUAAAACCUGGAGAACAUGUUUGGUUGGUUUUAGACGGACCCGUCGAUAGUAUUUGGAUUGAGAACCUGAACUCGGUAUUGGAUGAUAACAAAACCUUGACUCUAGCUAAUGGAGACCGAUUAUCAAUGGCACCGACGUGUAAAAUUAUAUUCGAACCACAUAAUAUCGACAAUGCUAGUCCUGCGACUGUCUCGAGAAAUGGAAUGGUGUACAUGAGCUCUUCGGGUUUAGAUUGGAAUCCAGUUGUUACUGCUUGGCUGAAGGGACGAACACCCCUAGAGCAGGAAGUUUUCGAAAAAUCAUUCGAGGAAUCCUUCGUUCAGAUAUACACCUGGACAACCCAGAACGUUAUUCUCUCGAUCCAAGUUCUAGAGUGCAACAUGGUGAGACAAAUGUUGUGCCUUCUGGAAGGAUUAGUACCAAAGGAAGUAGAAGUCGAAAACGAGAAUGACGAAGACGAGGGGGAAAAGUUACAUCCCCAGCCAAUGACACCUGAACACCUGAGACGAUUUUACGUUUUCGCUUUAAUCUGGGGAAUAGGCACUCUACUCGAAACUGAUGACAGACUGAAAUUCGACCAAUAUCUCCGUAACAAUUUUGAAUCCCUAGAUCUACCAAAGUCGGAAAAACAUCCAAAGGCGACGCUAUUUCAUUUUUUCGUCAACGAGAAGGGUAAAUGGGAUGUUUGGAACAGUUUAGUGACAAACUACGUUUAUCCGGAUUAUGCAACACCGGAUUACAACAGUAUUCUAGUGCCAAUUCCCGAUAAUGUGAGAAUUCAGUAUUUAAUCGAUCUGAUAGGUCGACAGGACAGAGCAGUACUACUGACUGGAGAACAAGGUUCAGCCAAGACUGUCAUGCUGAAAGCCUAUAUGAAGCGAGCAAAUCCAGAAACAACUCUGAGUCGAUCCUUUAAUUUCAGCUCGGCAACAACUCCCUAUCAAUUCCAAAAGACAAUUGAAAGUUACGUCGAGAAACGAAUGGGAAACACUUUCGGUCCUCCUGGUGGAAAGAAAAUGUUGGUUUUCAUCGACGAUAUCAAUCUUCCACAAAUUAACGAAUGGGGUGAUCAAAUUACUAAUGAAAUUGUUCGACAAACGAUGGAUAUGAAAGGUUUUUACUCACUGGAGAAACCUGGUGAUUUCACCAGUAUUGUUGAUGUUACAUUUUUGGGCGCUAUGGGUCAACCAGGUGGGGGACGGAAUGACAUACCUUCGAGAUUGAAGAGGCAGUUUUGUAUUUUUAAUUGCACUUUGCCGAAUGAUUCGUCGGUGGAUCGAAUUUUUAGUGUUUUAGGCGAAGGACAUUAUAAUUCCAAACGGGGAUUUUCUCUUGAAGUGAGAAAUUUGGUAAAGAAAUUGGUUCCAUUGACAAGGGUACUGUGGCAGAAGACAAGGGACGCUUUGUUGCCAACUCCGGCAAAGUUCCAUUAUGUUUUUAGUUUGAGGGAUUUAUCGAGAAUCUGGCAAGGAAUGGUUGGAACUUUAUCGACAGUCAUUGAGAAGGAGAGUAUAUUGAUGCUAUUGUGGAAGCACGAAUGUACCCGUGUGUUUAGUGACCGAUUUACAUUAAAAGCUGAUAAAAAUUGGUUCGAUAAGGAAUUGAUCCAAGUUGUCAAGGAUAGCCUCGGUGAUUCUUAUACUAACAUGAUAAAUCUAGAUCCAGCUUUUGUAGAUUUUAUGAGGGACGCACCAGAACCAACGGGAGAGGAAGGAGAAGACACUGAUAUGGAGUUACCGAAAGUUUACGAACCAGUUUAUGAUCAUCAAGUACUAAGAGACAGAUUAGAAAUGUUUCUCUCGCAAUUUAACGAGAUGCAAAGAGGUUCCGGAAUGGAUUUGGUCUUCUUUCCGGACGCAAUGCUUCAUUUGGUGAAAAUUUCCAGAGUUAUUAGACACCCAAGGGGUAAUGUGAUGUUAGUCGGAGUUGGUGGUUCUGGAAAGCAGAGUCUAACAAAACUUUCCUCAUUCAUCGCCGGUUAUAAAACUUUCCAAAUCACCUUGACUAGAUCCUAUAACGUUGCGAACUUUUUGGAAGACCUAAAAUUUCUCUACAGAACUUGCGGCGGUCAAGGAAAGGGUACAACUUUCAUUUUCACUGAUUUGGAUAUUAAGGAAGAAGGUUUUUUGGAGUAUCUGAAUAAUAUUUUAAGUUCCGGUGUCAUUAGUAAUUUGUUCACUCGGGACGAGCAGGCGGAAAUUAUUUCCGAGCUCACUCCAUCGCUGAAGAGGGAGAAUCCAAAACGAACGUUGAACAACGAAAUUGUAAUGGAGCAUUUUCUGCAAAGAACGUGUCAGAAUUUACACGUUGUUUUCUGCUUCUCACCAGUGGGCGAGAAGUUCCGAAAUAGAGCGCAGAGAUUUCCGGCUCUAAUUUCCGGGUGUACGAUAGAUUGGUUCCAGCCAUGGCCACGUGAUGCUUUGACGCUAGUGGCGCAACAUUUUCUUCAUGAUUUCGAAAUAGCGUGUACUGUGGAAGUUAAAGGACAGUUGGUGAAUGCUUUAGGGACUAUACAGGAUGUUGUGGCGAAAACUUCUGCGGAAUAUUUUCAACGGUUCCGAAGAGCGACUCAUGUGACACCGAAAUCGUACCUGAAUUUCAUUGGUGGGUAUAAGAACAUCUAUCAUAUGAAGCAACAUGAACUGGGUGAGGGUGCAAAGAGAAUGGACACUGGAUUAGCAAAGUUAGAGGAAGCUUCGAUAUCAGUGGAAAUAUUAAAAAGGGACUUGGCUGUUAUGGAACAGGAACUUGUGCAAGCAUCCGAAAAGGCUGAAUCUGUAUUGUUGGAGGUCACCGAACGGGCGAUGCAGGCCGAGACUUUUAAGAAUCAGGUGCAGAAGGUUAAGGAGAAGGCUGAACUGCUUGUCGAGUGUAUUGCAAAUGAGAAAGCCCGAGCGGAGGAGAAAUUAGAAGCAGCUAAACCGGCUUUGGAGGAAGCUGAAUCUGCCUUAAAUACAAUUAAACCGGCUCAUAUAGCGACUGUACGGAAAUUAGGCAGACCACCACAUUUGAUAAUGCGAAUUAUGGACUGUGUGCUUAUUCUCUUUCAAAGGAAGAUUGGUUCCGUCGUUCCGGAUGCUACAGCUCAGUGUCCCAAACCUUCCUGGGCAGAGUCGUUAAAAAUGAUGGCCAGUGCGACUUUUCUCCUUCAAUUGCAAAACUAUCCAAAGGAUAUCAUUAAUAACGAAAUGGUAGAGUUAUUACAACCUUAUUUCAAAAUGGAGGAUUAUAAUAUGGAAACAGCCAGGCGAGUAUGUGGCGAUGUGGCAGGUCUACUGUCUUGGACGAAAGCAAUGUCUUUUUUUCAUUCCGUGAACAAGGAGGUUCUUCCCCUGAAGGCGAAUCUAACACUCCAGGAAGCUAGACUCAAGAUAGCUAUGGACGAUCUUGCAGACGCUGAACGCGAACUGUUGGAAAGGGAAAUGGCCCUUCAGGCUGUUAAGGAACAAUACCAUGCUGCAGUUUCCGAAAAGCAGCGACUAACCGAAGCGGCGAACGUUUGUCUCCGAAAAAUGACAGCUGCAACAGCUCUAAUCAACGGUUUAGGUGGCGAGAAGAUAAGAUGGACGGAGCAAAGUAAGGAAUUCAAAGUCCAAUUGGGGCGACUAGUAGGCGACGUUCUCUUAGCGACCGGUUUUCUCUCCUACUGUGGCCCGUAUAAUCAGCAAUACAGAGCGACCCUAGUAUCAUCUUGGAUGAACAUCCUGACAACUAGAACAAUUCCCUUCACCCAAAAUCUAAACAUAAUCAACAUGCUAGUCGAUUCAUCCACAGUCUCCGAAUGGACCCUACAAGGUUUACCAAAUGACGAACUCUCGGUACAGAAUGCUCUGAUCGUAACGAAGUCCUCCUCCUAUCCUCUGCUGAUGGAUCCUCAAAAUCAAGGGAAAAUGUGGGUUAAAAACAAGGAAUCAGCCAAUGAACUGCAAAUCACGUCCCUUAAUCAUAAAUACUUCCGAACUCAUCUCGAAGACAGUUUAUCCCUAGGAAGACCCCUUCUAAUCGAAGACGUUGCCGAGGAGCUCGAUCCUGUCAUCGACAACGUUCUCGAAAAGAACUUCAUAAAAUCCGGCUCUAUCGAAAAAGUCAUCGUCGGCGACAAGGAGUGCGACGUCAUGCCCGGUUUCAUGCUUUACAUAACAACAAAACUUCCCAAUCCCGCCUACAGUCCGGAAAUUUCGGCCAAAACUUCAAUAAUAGAUUUCACUGUCACAAUGCAAGGUUUGGAGGAUCAGCUCCUUGGUCGUGUGAUUCUAAUGGAAAAAUCCGAACUCGAAGCUGAGAGGGUAGCACUAUUCGAAUCGGUAAUGACCAAUCAGAGAUCGAUGAAGGAACUUGAGAGCACUUUACUACACAGACUAACAUCAUCCGAAGGUUCACUGGUAGAUGACGAGGCUCUUAUAAACGUCCUCCAAGAAACGAAAUCCACAGCCGAAUCAGUCAAUGAAAAAUUACAAGUCUCAGCUCUUACUGAGAAAAAAAUCACAAUCGCCAGAGAAGAAUUCCGAGCCGUCGCCGCACGUGGUUCAAUCCUCUAUUUCCUCAUCGUCGAAAUGUCAAACGUUAAUGACAUGUAUCAGAAUUCAUUGAAACAAUUCUUGACAAUUUUCGACAAUUCGAUAACAAAAUCAACGAAAAGUUCCAUAACACUAGAACGAAUUGACAACAUUCUCUGUCAUCUUACCCACGAGGUGUGGGCAUUCACAUUGAGAAGUCUUUACGAACGGCACAAAUCAUUAUUCACUCUGAUGCUUGCGAUGAAAAUUGAUUGUCAUCGGGGAAUAAUUUCUCACGCUGAAUUCAUGGCGUUUAUUAAAGGCGGAGCAUCACUCGAUCUUAAUGCAGUGGCUCCAAAACCCUUUCGUUGGAUUUUAGAUAUCACUUGGUUGAAUCUGGUGGAAAUUAGCAAAUUGGAAGUGUUUUCGGAAGUGCUGACGAAAAUUGAAUUCAGUGAAAAAGAAUGGAGACAAUGGUACGAGAGGGAGAGACCGGAGGAGGAGGAUCUUCCUUGUGGUUAUCAGAAGAGUUUGGAUGUAUUUCGAAAACUUUUGAUGAUCCGCUCGUGGAGUCCGGAUAGAACAUUGUCGCAGGCGAAGAAAUAUGUUAUUGAAUCUUUGGGCAAGGAGUAUGGCGAGGCGAAAAUUUUGGACUUGGAGGCAACUUGGCUCGAGUCUGAACCACGAACUCCUCUUAUUUGUAUUUUAUCAAUUGGUUCUGAUCCAAGUCCUCAAAUUACGAUCCUGGCGAAGCAGAAAGCAGUUCAACUACGAUCAGUUUCAAUGGGUCAGGGUCAAGAGUAUCAUGCAAGAAGAAUGAUAAGUGACGCAAUGAACGAUGGUGGUUGGGUGCUUUUGCAAAAUAUUCACCUAUCAAUCCCAUUCUGUACGGAAGCAAUGGACGUUUUAGUUGAGACUGACAAUAUUCACGAUUCCUUCCGACUAUGGAUGACAACAGAAGUGCAUGCACAAUUUCCAAUUGGAUUGUUACAGAUGGCUAUAAAGUUCACGAAUGAACCACCUCAGGGUAUAAGAGCCAGUUUGAAGCGAACUUAUCAAGGAGUUAAUCAAGACACCUUGGACUACAGUACUCAACCUCAAUGGCCUCCUCUUCUGUACGCUGUUGCAUUUCUUCACACAGUCGUUCAAGAACGAAGAAAAUUUGGUCCACUAGGCUGGAACAUUCCUUACGAAUUCAAUCAAGCAGAUUUUGCAGCAUCCGUCCAAUUCAUUCAGAAUCAUUUAGAUGACAUGGAUCCGAAGAAAGGAGUCUCUUGGCCAACCGUUUGUUACAUGCUUGGAGAAGUGCAAUACGGUGGAAGAGUUACUGACGAUUUCGACAAACGUCUACUCACCACCUUCACUCAUGUCUGGUUCUGCGAUGUACUUCUUCGUCAGGGAUUUGAAUUUUACAGAGGUUACAGGGUACCACAAACGCGAAAUCUUCACGGAUACCUCGACUAUAUAAACAAUCUGCCGGCGAAUGACACACCAGAAGUUUUUGGACUUCAUCCGAAUGCUGACAUCACUUAUCAAAUAAACACAGCGAAGGGUAUUUUGGAUACAAUUCUGAGCGUUCAACCAAAAGAAGGUGGCUCCCAAGGUGGUGAAACGAGGGAAAGUGUCGUCUACAGAUUGGCCGAUGAUAUGCUCAAUAAAUUACCGAAACAGUAUAAUUCCUUUGAAGUCAAGGAAUCGCUACAAAGAAUGGGACCAUUGUUACCGAUGAACAUUUUUUUGAGACAAGAAGUCGACAGAAUUAUGAGAGUGAUUAAGGAGGUGCACACUACCUUGACAAAUCUAAAGUUGGCAAUCGAUGGCACAAUAGUAAUGAGCCAAAAUUUACGUACAUCCUUGGACGCGAUGUACGAUGCAAGAAUUCCCGAUAAAUGGUCGAAAAUAUCAUGGGAAUCAGCGACUCUAGGUUUCUGGUACACGGAAUUAUUGGAAAGAGAUUAUCAAUUCCGUCAAUGGUGUAAUAAUGGAAGACCAACUGCAUUUUGGAUGACUGGAUUUUUCAAUCCUCAGGGAUUUUUAACCGCAAUGCGUCAGGAAGUUACCAGAGCACAUAAAGGAUGGGCUUUGGAUUCAGUCGUUCUGCAAAAUUUAAUAACUCGUUACAAUAAGGAAGAUAUCAAGGAUCAACCACAAGAGGGUGUUUACGUUCACGGUCUAUUCCUCGAGGGGGCAUCAUUGGAUCGAAAAAGUGGAAAACUCGUUGAAAGCAAGUCAAAAGUUCUCUACGAGCAAAUGCCAGUAAUUUAUAUUUACGCCAUUAAUACAACUGCAGGUAAAGAUCCAAAAUUAUACGAAUGUCCAAUUUAUAGAAAACCCCAAAGAACUGAUCAAAAAUACGUGGGAUCAAUUGAUUUCGAAACAGAUUAUAAUCCACGACAUUGGACUUUACGAGGAGUUGCCUUGCUAUGUGAUAUCAAAUAGAAAAUCAAUUGUUUUAAAAUAAGUGCAGGGC